AAUGUCCAAUUGUCCAUUGCCCAACGUCAUGUCAUGUUAUGUUUAUUUCGAUAUUUUCGAUGAAAGUUGAAUUCGAAAGAACAAACUUGGAAAUUAACAAUCGUAUUUUAAGUUUUGUGAUAACAUCUUCCGAAAUAAUUAUUACAGUAUUAUAGUUAUUCCUAAAGAUGUGGACCACUAAAACAUUUCUAACCAAAACAAAGCGCGGCAACAUAAUAAAAAUUGUAAGAGAACAUUAUUUACGAGAUGAUUUGCUGUGUGGAUCUGCAGCGUGUAACACGUGUCCCCAUAAAGACGAUGAGUUUGUGUUAGACGGUAAACCGAACUCAAUCUGCACAUUGUAUGCGUAUCCUCACUACCUGAUCCUCGAUACGAAUGUAGUGCUACACCAGAUCGACGUUCUGGAAGAAGAUGCAUUAUCAAACGUUAUUAUCCUGCAAACUGUGUUAGAAGAAGUGAAACAUCAAAACACUGCAAUAUAUCAACGACUUCUGGAGAUCAUAGCCAACAAGAAAAGAAAAUUUUAUUCAUUCGUUAAUGAACAUCAUAAGGACACCUACAUUGAGAGGAAUCCAGGUGAAAAACAAAAUGAUCGUAAUGACAGAGCAAUUCGUAAGGCUGCAGUUUGGUAUGAGACACACUUGAGUAUCAACAGUGUUGUGGGACAGUUCCCUAAGAUUGUAUUAUUGACUGAUGAUGAGAAUAACAGGAAGAUUGCCCAGGAAGAGGGCAUAGUCUGCUGUUCUAUUAAGGAUUAUGUUGAAAAUGUGACUGGCUUCAUAGGCCUAGUGGAUAAACUCUCAAAGAAUGUGGCACCAGAGGCAUGUUCCAAAGAUGCUCUGUAUCCAGCACAUUUGACUCCUGCACAGAUCCAUGAAGGUAUAAGGGGAGGUAAACUUUAUCAAGGAACAUUCAGAGCUUCUCGGGAUAAUUUCUUAGAGGGUACUGCAGUUGUCAACGGAUUUGAGAAACCAAUAUUACUACAAGGACACAGCGGCAUAAAUAGAGCAGUUGAUGGAGACUCCAUAGCUGUGGAAAUAUUCCCUGAAGAGGAAUGGAGACGUCCAAUGGACAUUGUUCUAGAAGACAAGGCUGAUGAUGAUCCUGGUGAUCAAUUGGAAGAAGAAGCGGUUUUACUGAAGAAUACUAAGCCUGUUCAGCAGGGUGAUGAUGAAAUUACUCCAACUGGUAGGGUUGUUGGGAUUAUAAGGAGGAAAUGGAGACAGUACUGUGGUAUACUAAUGAGGAGCAAAUUUCCAGGAGCCACUCGUCACUUAUUCGUACCAGCUGAGAAACGGAUACCUCGCGUCCGUAUUGAGACACGUCAGAGCGAUGUGUUGGCCAAUCAGCGGAUACUAGUGGCGCUUGACUCCUGGCCUAGAAACAGUCGCUAUCCACUGGGACAUUUUGUUAGAGCUCUUGGAGAAAUUGGUGAUAAGAACGCUGAGAACGAGGUUAUAUUGCUAGAGCACGAUGUACCUCACGCAAGGUUCAGUGAAGCGGUUCUGGCGUGUCUUCCACCUGACGACUGGACUAUACCUGAAGAGGAAAUAAAGAAACGCGUUGACCUUCGUUCGGAAUGCAUUUGUUCAGUCGACCCGCCCGGUUGUACAGACAUAGAUGAUGCGCUACACGCGAAGGCCCUGCCCGGUAAGACGGAGGACGGGCUCAAACGUUACGAGGUCGGCGUCCAUAUUGCUGACGUCACACAUUUCGUCAGACCUAAUACCGCACUAGACAAGGAAGCUGCUAAUAGAUCAACCACCGUCUAUCUUGUGGGACGACGGAUUGAUAUGGUGCCAGAUUUACUAAGUUCCAACUUGUGUUCGUUAAGAGGCGGCGAGGAGCGUUUGGCAUUUUCUUGCGUGUGGGAAGUGGAUGAGAAUGCUAAUAUUCUGCACACUAAAUUUCAUAAAAGUGUUAUAAAGUCAGCAGCGGCGAUGACAUACGAAGAAGCUCAAAUAGCGAUAGACGACAAGUCUCGGAAUGACGCCAUCGUGUCUUCACUCAGGAUACUAAAUACACUCGCCAAGAAACUCAAUAGGAAACGUCUGGACAACGGCGCCUUGUCGCUAUCGUCACCUGAAAUCAGGUUCCAGAUGGACUCGGAAACACAUGACCCCGUAGAAGUACAAGCAAAGAAGAUUCUAGACACAAACUCAAUGGUUGAAGAGUUCAUGUUGUUGGCGAAUAUCAGCGUGGCGCAGCGAUUGGCGGCCGAGUUCCCGCAGUGCGCACUACUACGUCGCCAUCCGGCGCCCCCGCCCGCCAACUUCCAUACAUUCUUGAAGGCUGCUAAGCAACAGGGUUUCGACUUAGACGUGUCGACGAACAAAGCGUUCUCCAAGUCCUUGGACUCGGCGGUGAUCCCGGGCCGUCCGUUCUUCAACACGUUACUCCGCAUCAUGGCGACUCGCUGCAUGCAACAGGCGCAGUACUUCUCCAGCGGGAGUAAGACUGUCGAGGAAUACUACCAUUACGGUCUUGCCUGCCCUAUUUACACGCAUUUCACAUCGCCUAUCAGACGUUACGCGGACGUUAUAGUGCAUCGUUUACUGGCAGCCAGUAUAGGUUGCGACGUGACCCACGCCACGUUGCUGGACACGAAGGUCGCCAACUCAGUCUGCGACAACCUCAACUACCGACACAGGCAGGCGCAGUAUGCCGGCCGGGCCUCUGUCACUAUGAAUACACAUAUCCUCUUCAACAAACGCGUGGAGGUAGAGUUAGCGAGUGUACUCGCCGUAAAACGGAAUGCUGUGCACGUGCUUAUACCGAAGUAUGGACUGGAAGGUCCACUGUAUUUGCCUUCUGAUAAGUUCACUUAUAAUGAAGAGGAACACAUCCAAACAUGCGGAGACGUGGUGCUGAAGACAUUUGACGAGCUCACGGUUCGUCUUAGCCUGGACAGUAGCAACCUUCAACAUAGAAAGCUGGUCUUCGAGCUGGUAAAGCCCCAUAUUCCAGGGUUCAGCGUUGACGUAAUGGAAGUUGAAGAUAACAAGAAAGAAACAGAGAAAGACCAGAAAAAGCGCAAAGAAGAGACCCCAGCAAAAAGCGCUAGUAAGAAAUCUAAAAAGAAAUAAUACUGUAUGUAUG